AUGGUACUGACUAUCAUUGAAUGUCUAAAGUAUUCAACAACUGGUGAUCUUCCACCAAAUAGUAAAGGUGGUGCCUUUUUACAUGAUCCAAAGAUGACAGAUGAAAAAGAAGUCAGAGCACAAGUUAAAUUAGCAUUCACCAAUGCUUCUGGUGUAUCAAUGAUAUGUACCAGAGCUAUGCUUUUGACCGUUAAGAGAACUACUGCUACAUUCAAGACAUUAGAAGGUCAAUUAUUAGCUUUACAUAGAGGUGAAAGAACCACUAUAAGUACUAAAUGUGCCGAACUUGAUGCUCAAGUGCCAACAUAUCUUGGUGUCUCUAAAGCUAUUUUGGAUUAUGUUAUCUUUUGUCAUCAAGAUGAAAGUUUAUGGCCAUUAGCUGAACCAUCAGUAUUGAAAAAGAGAUUUGAUGAAAUUUUUGAAGCCUUGAAAUUUACAAAGGCAUUGGAUAAUAUUAAAGUGAUACGGAAAGAUAUGGCUGUUGAAAUCAAGUUGCUAGAUCAAUCGGUCAAGCAUUUAAAGACUGAUAAAGAACGUGCAGAUCGUGUUAAGGAAAAAAUCAGUGUUAGUAAUAAACAAAUUGAAGAUUAUAGAGAAGAAACUGCACUUCUAGAGGAAGAUUUACAACGUAUAGCUAAAGAAAGUAAUGAACUUUUCAAAUCUAAUCAAGAAUUUCAGAAAGUUUUAUCUAAAUUAGAAAGUUAUAAGCAUUCACAAAGAUCAUUGAAUGAACAAAUUUCAAGAUUGGAAGAUUCCACAAGAUUACUUCCGGAAUCUGAUGAAGAUAUUCAGUACAAACUAGCUAAUUUCCAAAGCAUGGUUCAAGAAGCACAAUCUAAAGUUAAUGAUUUAAAAUAUGAAGUUAGUGAUAAACAAUCAAACUUGAAAACACUGAGACAAGACUAUAGUCAUAUGAUCAGAGAGGAAGGUCAAUUAAAGGGUAAAGAAGCUGAAUAUCAAGAAAAUUUACAAAGACGUGAAACUUUAGUUAAUUCAAUUGCAUCCAAAUUGGGUAUAGAUUCAAGUUCGGGCGAUGUGCAAAGUUUUGAAAGUGAGUUAACUAGCUUGGUUGAUAAUAGUGAAAGAUCAUUAGAGUCAUUGGUGAAAACUGCUAAAAGGGCAGAAGCUGAUCUUUCACAAAAAUUGAAAUUAGUUUCAGAUUCCAAAUUGAAAGAACGUCAACAUAGAGAUUAUACAUUAAGUGAUAUAGAAGCUCAUGAAAAGGAAAUCAAAGCACAAAACAAUAAGAUCAACGAUUUAGAUGUUAAUGAAGGUGGUCUUGAGUAUGAAAAGACCAAAUUGGAAGAUUUAGAGACAAAACUUAACAAAUUGAAAGGUGAAAAAGUUGUUGAAAAUUUAUUAAAAGAUAUCAAGACUAAAAAUACUGAAAUUUCAAAUUUAGAAAUUGAACUUGAAAAUAUCGGUAAUGAAUUAUCUCAGAGUCAUAAACAAGCUGAUGCGCAUGCUAAAAUUUCUUUAUUGAAAGAUGAAAAAAGAUACAGAGAAAAAGCUCUUGCCAAACUUAUUGAAACAAAUAAUGAGAUUUUCCAAAAGGAACAACUAAAUAUUGAAGAUUUAGAUAAGAGUUAUAGAGCUAAAGUGAACAAGGCAACAGCUGAAGCUAAAAGAGGUGAAAUCGACUUGAGUAAGUUACAAGACCAAUUUUCCAAACUUGAAUCUGAAGCGUCAUUCAAGAAGACAACAAUUUCCAAUUAUGAGAAAGAAUUAGAAUCAUCUUUACAAAAAUAUAAUGAUGAAGUUGAAUUUGGUAUCGAUGAUUAUGAUGAUGAAUUGGGUGAUGCAGAAAAGCAAUAUAAACUUGCAUUGGAAAACUUAAAGGUUACUAAAACAACAUUAGAGUUUAAUAAAAAAGCAUUAGAAAUUGCUGAAUCUGAUCAUUCAUGUUUUUUGUGCUCAAGAAAGUUUGAUGAUAAGCCAGGGCUGACCAACUUUCUAAAAGCUUUAAAAGAGAAAACUAAUGGUGAUGCUGAAAAAUCUUUCCAAGAAGAUGUAGUGGAAACCAAAGAAUAUUUGGAUAGUUUGAGGUCGUUGUCACAAAUAGUUGAUAGAGUCAAGACGCUGAAGGAUAAGGUUAAAACUCUUGAAUCUGAAGUUGCAAAAUCUGAACCAGGAUAUAAGAAAGUUGAAUCUGAGUUUACUACACAAAAGGCUAAAGCAGAUGAAGCUAAACAUAAACUAGAAAGUCUUAACGACAUUAAAAAUGCAGUUAGUGAAAUCACCAGAAUGAAGCAUGACUUAUCAAAUGUUUCAUCUCAAUUAUCUGAUAAAGAGAAAGAAUUAAAUGAUUAUGGAUAUUCUGCUAAAAGCUUAGAUGAAUUACAAAAAGAACAAAAGGAGAAGCAUACAACUUUGAAAAUUUUAAGAACUGAAGUUAAUACCCUUCUUGAAGAGAAAGACUCUAAACAACGUGAAGUUUCCAUCUUAGAAGGUAAUGUUAAGGAUAAAAGAUUAGCAAUUAGUAUUAUUGAAAGAGGUCUUGUGGAAAAGGAAAAUUUGUUGAAAUCUAUUGAAGAGUAUAAAAAUAAGAUUGUUAAAUUACAAGAACAAGCUGCUAAAUCUAAUGGUAUUCUUGAAGAAUUAGAAGAGCAGGUUAAUCAAGCAUCUUCUGAACUCUCUGCAAAACAAAGAGAAAAUGAAGUUUCCAUCAAAAACCAACAAAAUGAAGUUAGUAAAUUCAAAGAUCACCAAAAGGAAUUUUCGAAUUUGAAUGGAUCCAUUACAUAUUAUGUAGAUGUUGACUCCAAGAAGUUGGCUAAAUGUCAAGAAGAAGUUUCAUUAAUCAGUACUCUGAUUGCAGAACAUGAAGAAGAAAUUGAAUCAACUUUAGCUCGUGUAUCAGAUGAAGAGAAAAAAUUAGCGGAUACAAGUAGUGAAGAAAGAAACUUGAAGAAUAAUUUGGAUAUAAGACAUAUGCAAAAGCAAUUAGAUAAUAUUGAACAUGAUAUUGAGAGUCUUGAUGCACAAAAUGCUGAAAGUGAAAGAGAUCGUUAUGAAGAACGUUCAGCAGUUCUUAGAGAACAAUAUUCCAAGAUGAAUGCAGAUUUAGCUGGUAAAAUGGGUGAAGUUAAACAAAUUGAAGAUCAAGUUAAACAAUUUGAAAAAGAAUUGAGAACUGAAUUUAAACAAGUUGAACAAGCAUAUCAAGAAGAAUGGGUUAAACUACAAACCAAGACUUUAGUAUCAAAUGAUUUGAAUACAUAUUCAAAAGCUCUUGAUUCUGCAAUUAUGCAAUACCAUAGUAUUAAGAUGAAGGAAAUCAAUAGAACAAUUGAUGAAUUAUGGAAAGGUACAUAUAGUGGUACAGAUGUUGAUACAAUCAUGAUUAAAAGUGAUCAAAACACUGCAAGUAAAGGUAAUAGAACUUAUAACUAUCGUGUUGUUAUGGUGAAACAAGAUGCUGAAUUAGAUAUGAGAGGUAGAUGUUCAGCAGGUCAAAAAGUGUUAGCAUCAAUUAUUAUUAGAUUAGCAUUAGCUGAAUGUUUUGGUACAAAUUGUGGUGUUAUUGCCCUUGAUGAACCUACAACUAACCUUGAUGCUGAAAAUAUUGAAUCAUUAGCAAGAUCAUUAGGUAAUAUUAUUGAAAUGAGACAAAGUCAAAAAAAUUUUCAAUUAAUUGUUAUUACUCAUGAUGAGAAAUUCUUAACUUAUAUGAAUGCUGCUAAAUAUACUGAUCAUUUUUACAAAGUUAGAAGAAAUGAAGCUCAAAAAUCUCAAAUUGAUUGGGUUAAUAUUAGUCGUGUAUCAGAAUGA